AGUACACAUCUUACAUUUUUGUAAAUUCAAGCACUGAAGUAGGAGGAGAGGGAAUUCACUGCAUGUAUGAUUUUCUUCCAUCGACCUUUUUUACACAUGAAAAUGAUAAAUGCCCUUAAAUUAUUAUUGGUGGUAUCUAUAAGAUAAUACUGUAUGUAGAAGGACUCGGUAAAGGUGGCCCUUGAUUAACAGUGUCCCGUGUUACAACAUUUCAUUGUUACAAACAAAGUCCCAAAAUCAAUUCAAGCCUUAAUUUUGGUCUGUGUGAAAGAAAUUGGAAGCUUUUCGCUAUCAUAUUGUGAAACUAAGUGUUGUAUUGUAAAACGAAGAAGUUAUGAAAAUGUACAGACACUCACCCAUUUCCCUUGUGUAAGAAUGUGUUGCACCCAUAUGCUCACUCAGCUGAAAAAACACACACCCAAUCUUAAAGGGCAUGAACCUUCAAAGAAUAACAUCGGUAAAACAGGAAAGUAAAACCUCAGUCUCAGUGUUCAGCACAUCUUCAGGGAAGUGAAACAAUGCCUCAGACUGUGUAUUCAGCUUUCUUCGUGGAAUAUGAACUCGUUAUAUGCUUGCUUUUGACUCAAUAAAAAGCGAACAAGGAUAGCGAAGCUUUGACAGUUUGGAGGAGCGAGCACGGAAGUGUAAGCUUUGCUGUCCCUCGCGAGCAGAAAAGACAAUCUUGGCUGGUGUGAGUUUGUUCUCUUCGACAGUAUUAACUGACAACACUUGUCUUGGUGAUCUUCACGAGAUUUCCCUGACUGUCCGUAAACGCGAGACCCGCUCGAGAAGUAGUUCUCGGUACAGUGUGAGGCAGCGGAAGAAUAAAACAUGUGCUCAGUAUUGGCUGCUGGACUGUUGCAACUAUUAUUAAGGCAAAAAUGGUAUUGUAAUGGCUACCCGGGUGUUGUAACGAUGACAGAGGUGGUCGAUCAACAACCUCUUUACCGCAAAAACGAAACUGGCUCCUGUCGUAGCCCGUCUCCUUGACAUACAUUUUUACGGCAAACACUUAAAGCUAUAUUGGCUAACUGGCAGGUUGCAACUGUAUCCUUGAGCAUGUUAAAGGAUCUGCUCCUAUGAAAGCAACAGGAGUUAGUUUUAUUCCAUCGUUUUAUGGAGUUGAAUUAUGGUAUGCAGUGUCCUUCGUGUGUUCUCUGUACAAACGUGAGUGACUUCAACUUGCUUGUCGUGGGAACUUGUAAGCUGAGGGCGAGGACUACCUGUACAAUGUAAAUAGGUACAUCAUAUGGGCAGAACCAAUGCCCAGGCCAAGGAUUAAAGUACGUUGCUCUCAUAAUGGCAGUUUAUGAGACGAGGGAGAGUGGGUUUGUUUACUGAACCCUAUUACAUAUAAACUGUAUUAUAGUAGAUAAUAGGGUUUAUUCAUUUAUUGUUCAAAAUGUAUUUUUACAAGGAUACAAGGUCGAAUAUACAUUACAUGUGUAUUAUAAUACAUUUCGUUUUGCUUUAAAUUGAAUCAGCUACUCUUGACUAAAUGCUAUAAAGUUUGUUUAUUUUUCACUUUCGUCCCGCCAUAUUUUAGAAUUUAAACAAUGUCAAUAAAGGCUUGUGGUAUUUUUGCUGGACAUUAGCGAUCCGGUGAAUUCAGGUGAGAAACUCAAAGUGUGUUGUCUUUUCUUUUCACACGACUCAGACUGAAUGUUACACUUGUAAAGCACACAGCCCCACAGCAGCGCUAAGAGCGGAAGUCCUUAAAGAAGCUCAACCACGCUAAUGUCAUCAAGCUGAAGGAGGUCAUCAGAGAAAAUGACCACUUGUACUUUAUCUUCGAGUACAUGAAAGAAAAUCUGUAUCAGCUCAUGAAAGACAGGGCUCGCUUGUUCCCGGAAUCGGCGGUGAGAAACAUCAUGUUCCAAAUCCUCCAGGGGCUUGCAUUCAUUCAUAAACAUGGGUUCUUUCAUAGAGACAUGAAGCCUGAGAAUCUUCUGUGCAUGGGUCCAGAGUUGGUGAAAAUAGCUGAUUUCGGCCUAGCACGAGAGAUUAGAUCUCGACCGCCGUACACUGACUACGUGUCCACCAGAUGGUACCGAGCACCAGAGGUCCUCCUCAGAUCCACAUCCUACAGUUCCCCCAUAGACCAGUGGGCGGUGGGCUGCAUCAUGGCAGAACUGUACACCCUCAGACCUUUAUUCCCCGGCUCCAGCGAAGUGGACACCAUAUUCAAGAUUUGCCAAGUUUUGGGUACACCAAAGAAGAAUGAUUGGUCGGAGGGAUUCCAGCUAGCCAGUGCCAUGUAUUUCCGUUGGCCUCAGUGUGUUCCAAGCAAUUUGAAGACACUGAUUCCUAACGCCAGCCCAGAAGCCAUCCAUCUGAUGACUGACCUGCUCCAAUGGGACCCCAAGAAGAGACCGACGUCUGCACAGGCUCUCAGGUACUCCUACUUCCACGUAGGCCAGGCUUUGGGUACACCUCAGCAGAUCCUGGAGCAGGGCAGACCACAGCCGCAUCCUUUACCCUUACAGACGCCACAGCAGCAGUCCUUACAUCUGAGGCCUGUGCCCCCCUCCCAGGCCCCUCCCCACAACCAACACUGCACCCCCUCCAGACCUUUGCAGCAGAUCCAGCAGCCCUCCCCCGUCCCGGCCCCGGCGCCACCUGCGGCUGCGUACCAACGUCAUGUCGAGCUGGUGCGAGAGCACCAACCAAAGCACGUGCUGAAGCAGGAGCCAAGUGAAGGAACACCAGGGUCUCAUCUUCCUUACAUUGUUGACAACAGCAAGACAAGACAGGAUAGUGAGAACACAAACCUCCUGGGCUAUCAAAUGAAAGCGAAGGGAGGGCGUCGCCGUUGGGGUCACGGCACAGGACAUCUGAAAGGAGACGAGUGGGACGACUUUGAAGACUCUGAACUGACGCCUUUGAGUGCUCUGGGAAAAAACAAUGUUUCCAGAGGGAAGUCGAGGCAGGGAGAGGAGCCGCUCAGAAGAUAUAGCGACAUCCUGGAUUUCAGUCGACCUCAUGGAAAAGAAGAAGCACCUUUAAACCUCAACAAGACGUCAGGCUUUCAGGAAGCAUCAAGGACGGCGUCUGCCAAACAGCACUACCUGAGGCAGUCACGUUAUCUACCAGGCAUCAGCACAAAGAAAAAUGUGGCCGUAAAUGCUAGUAAAGACUUGAGCGGAAGCCAUCUUUGGGGCAACAGCAGUAUUCCUUUUGGUGGAACUCUACCAAGCAGAGGUCUUCAUGGUACAAAUACUGUCCCAGGAGGAUGUAUGCCAACGUUUUAUAAAAAAGAUGCCAGCUCUGUUCACCACAGGGGUCAUCAGGGUCCCUCUUUGGAAUCCACAGCAUCAAAUUAUGCAACAUGGCGAUCAGGUAGGAGCCAGAGGAACACCUCCACCAACACAGCCAACAAAAGCCCCCCUUGUCUGUUACCACGUGCACCAGUACAGACCAUCCACGGGCGAAUAGACUGGUCUGCCAAAUAUGGACAACACCGCUAGUGGCCUCCCACUCUGUACAUGACCUCCCAAAGCGAAGCAUUCGUUGUUUUGUACAUACAUUUUAACGCAGCAAUAAUGUUUGUUGGACUACAAUAUACCAUUGGUGUUGUGUGUGUGUGUGCGUGCGCAUGUGUGUGUGUGAGGUUAAAUGCAACCAGCCAAAAAUAUUUGCACCUAUGUGGUAUAAAUCUUUCUGUAUCAUAAGUCUUAACUGUCCUGCUGUGGUUAUACCUUUUUGUUUUGUAUGGUUUGCUAUUGAACCUGUUUACCAACCUGUAUACAUGAUAUGCAUAUUAUUAAGUCACACCGUGACGUGUUUAUAGCCAAGUAAUUACUUUGCCACGCUAUAAUACUUUGUAUAUAUUGCUGGGGUUUUUGUUUUUUUUAUUUGUAUUUUUUACUUUGUGAUGCUAAUGACUUAACUAUUAUUUUUGUGUAUUGUUUUUCAAUUAAAGUCAAGACGGUGAUUGAAA